UGGGGAUGGAAGAGAAGAAGAGGUCUGGGUGCCUGCAGCGUGCACGCUUCGCAGCGCUUCCCGGGGAAAGCUCGCAGUGCUCCUGCCAAGCGCUGGGCCCUGCGGUGCCGGGCAGAGGAGGGGGCCGGCUCCGGCAUGGAGCUGAUGGUUCUGUGCAACGCUCUGGUUACGCGCCUGCUCUUUGUUUUGCACUCUCUCAUCGGGGUCUGGAGGGUGACUGAAGCGAAGAAAGAACCCAAGUACUGGCUACUGGCACUGCUCAAUCUUCUCCUGUGUCUGGAGACAGGGCUCACCCUCAAGUUUAAACAAGGCAGAGGCUACAAAUGGUUUUCACCAGCAAUAUUUUUAUAUCUGAUUUGUACAGUACCAUCAUUAUGGCUACUAGAAAUUCAUCAUGGGACUCAGUAUUGCAGUAAUGAGCCUGGAGCAGUUCAGGUGAAUGCCAGCAACCAAGACUUCAAUCAGUCCAGAGACAGCAGUCACGGAAGCGAGGGAACAGACCACCACAUAAUUCAGACGGCUAAAGUUUUUGUCAACCAGCUCUCCACAAUCUGCGAGACUGUAUGGACACUGGCCCUCCAUCAGACUUUUCUACUGCUCCUAGUAAUUGGAAGAUGGCUUCUCCCCAUUGGGGUUGAGAUCACCCGGGAUCAGUUGUCUCAGCUGCUUCUCAUGUUUGUGGGAACAGCAGCAGAUAUACUUGAAUUUGCUAGUGAAACCUUGGACAUCGAAGAUGUGCGGAAGAAUUAUGCUCUCAUCAAUGCCAUUCUUGCCAUAUGGACCUGGAGUAUGUUACAGUUUCCACUUGAUCUUGCAGUACAACAUAUUGGCUGCAAGCCAACUGCAUCGACCAGGCGAAUCCCCAGCCUGCUGCUGUGCAGGUACAGUGCGGAACUGUGGAACAUCGGGGUCAGUCUUUUCAUACAGGAUGGUCCCUUCUUCAUUGUGCGUUCAAUCCUGAUGGGCCACUUCAGAAUAUUCAAUCAGAUGCUGGUGUUUUUUACAGCUAAGAAUAUCUUAGUUGUGACCCUACAAUUGUAUCGCUUAGCGGUGAUAACAUUAGACUUUCGUGCUACGAUGCUGCAGAAGAGCAGGAAAGAAGUCAGCUGUUGCCCAUGUGAGCCUUAUGAAGCUCAUACUCUCAGUACUGCUGACCAGGAUACCGAAAUGAAAAAGUGCAUUGCUUUUCCUGCAAAAGAGGAGCCCGAAGCUCCAUCAGAAGAUCAGUAACCACAGCUCCUGACUCAAAACAGGUUGUGUUUCCCAUAGAAAUAGACGAAGCCCUUUCAGAGCAGCUAUGAUCAAACAGACCUUGAGCAUCUUAUUAAUCUCUUCCAUCAAGAAAUCAAUAAUUUGGAAGUAUGGGGGGGGAUUUCUGAAGUAAAGCCAUGCAAAUGGAACAUUUUAUAUCCUGUUGGAUUUUGGGGAGUUUUGACUAGAUCCCUAUUAUAUAAACCACAGGGAUUUUGUAGCCAUAGUUUGUAGAAGCAGGAAAGGUUUGGCAUGCUAACAGAGUUGGUUAUUGUCCUUGGUGAUAUAGUGCUAACAGAUGUAUUCACAUGUAUUCACAAAGGACAAGCCUAACCCAUAAUGGGAAAUAUGGAAGCAUUUAGCUUUGCUUCCAUGGUCAGGCUAUAACUAGAGCAUGGUUAACAUGUUCACCAGGCACAGAAAUAACCUCAGCAGUGACAACUGUGCAGACAUGCAAAUGAGUGGGGAUGAUAGAUUUCUACUGUUACUAUGACAUCUAAACAUUGUUCCUUCGAGAAACGCAGAAAACGUUUCUUUGAACGUUACCUCAUCCUUGACUGAAUUCAGUUUAAAAAAAAAAAACCUAAGCAACACCAUGAAAUAGCAUGCACAAAACCUUCUCUCAGGACAUGCAAGGUCUGAAUAAUUUAAACCUUUUAGUGAAGGGGUGGGGCGUAGCAUUAGCCCCACAGAUCAUUAGAAGACAACUGCAUCUGCCACACAGGCAUUUUCUGGAGGCACUUGCCUUUCUAUUUUCUACCAGUCAGAAGACAGAAAAUGGGCGUAAAGAUGUUUUUCUCCUGCUUCACAGUUGAAUCAAGGUUUUAAAAAGGUCUCAAUUUAAAAAAAAAAAA